CACCUGAGUUCCUCAAGCCAGUAGCCUUAGCAACUAGCAUAUCUUCCUCCUCGGCUCUUGUACAGAAACGCCGCCUCUCGACUUCUUUCUUUCCCCCGUUGCCGCUUUCCUCAAAUUCGAUUACCAUGGAGGACGACGACGACUUCGGAGAUCUCUACACCGAUGUACUCCACGUCUCUCCUGCUGCAACUUCGAUCCCCUCUAACCAGAAGUCCGCUUCCAUAGCUGCCGCUGGCGGUGGAGGCGCCGGAAACGGCUCUGACGAGGAGGACGACAAGGCUCUGCGCGGAUCCUCUUUUCCUUUUGCAGAAGUUCCUGAAUCUUCAUCCAUAGAUCGUGAGCGACAAGUUUCCGCUGGGGACGCCGAGGACGAUUGGUUGCUUGGCGGUGACCCCACGCCUGUCGAGGAGCCAGCGAAUUGGGUCGACGAUGAUGAAGAAGUAGUCGGCGAUUCAAAAGAGGCCGUUAGAGGUUUAUCAUCUGAAAGCGGCGGGGCUAGGGUUCCGGGGCAGAUUGUUGCGGAAGAGGCUAGUAGGAUUUCUAAUGAGGAAGUGGGCGGUGCGCUUGACGCGGAAGGAUCUUUGGAUAAGAGACGGGAGCUUCUCGGUCGCGAUAAUGAACUGGCAAUUCCUGGUUUGGCAACUCCUGCGGUUCCCAACGGCGUGCUCGUGAAGGCUUCAGAGAGUGAUGAUUGGGAUAGCGGCAGCGAGGACGAUCUGCAGAUUGUUCUAAACGACACUGGGCAUGAUCUGCUAGGUCUUGAUAGGAGGGAUGGAGGGGGUAGCGACGAGGAUGAUGAGGAUUUGGUCAUUGUUACUGAUGAUGAUCAGCGUCAUCAUCACCAGGCCUUGGAGGAGCAAGAUUGGGGGGAUGAUGCAUUGCAGUCAUCUGUCGAUGGGGAGAAGAAGGAUAUGCUUGAAGUAGCAAAGGCAAGUGGUGUGGCCCCAAAUGUAGCUGGGGCUGGCAUAGGAUAUAGCAAUCACAGUUUCCAUUCGCAGCAUCAUUCUAUGUUCAAGUAUGUUAGACCUGGGGCGACGCCUGCACCUAGAGGUCCUGCCAUGGCUGCAGCUGGUGCUCCUGGUCAAGUUCGUCCGCCUGCCUUUGGUGCUCUCGCAGGGAGGGGAAGAGGGGAUUGGAGGCCAGCUGGUGGUAUUGGUUUUUCUAACAUGCAGAAAGGUUUUCACUCUGGCUAUGGGUUGCCUACUUGGAGCAAUAUUGCAUCUGGCCGUCCUUUUGGUGGUGGUUUGGAUUUCAGUCUUCCGGCACAUAAGACUGUGUUUGACAUUGACAUCGAAAGUUUUGAGGAGAAACCAUGGAGACAUCCAGGAGUUGAUAUUUCAGAUUUUUUCAAUUUUGAAUUGGAUGAAGAACAUUGGAAGGAAUACUGCAAGCAAUUGGAGCAACUUCGUCUAGAAUCUACCAUGCAAGGCAAAAUUAGGGUCUAUGAAAGCGGUCGGUCAGAACAGGACUAUGAUCCAGAUUUACCUCCUGAACUUGCUGCUGCAACUGGCCAUAAUAACUUGCCCGCGGACAACAUAAAUCAUGAUAAAUCUGAAAAUGGGCUGGCAGAUUUAAGUGAGCAAGGAAAAGGAAGUUCCUGCAUUCGGCCAGCACUACCAACUGGAAGACCAAUUCAAGUUGAAAGUGGUUAUGGUGAACGUCUUCCCUCUAUAGAUACCAGACCACCACGGUUUCGUGAUUUCGAUGCUGUUAUUGAGAUUGUGUUGCAGGAUAAUCUAGAUGAUUCAAGAAACUCUAAUAAUGCAUUUGAACGGCCUGAGAAUAAUUUUGGAAGAGAAAAUCAUAAAGGUUUUCAUGAUGUUGAUGAAGAUGAUAGGCCUACUGUAUCUGAAUCUGAAUUUCCUGGCCGUUUUCUACGUUCAAAUGUACAACAGAGGGAAUCAGUUGCCAGAAGAAUUCCGAGUUCAGCUGAAGGGGAUGGCAUUCUACCUUUCCCUUCAGAAUCAUCUCGCCAGUACAACUCCAGUCCAAAAUCACGGAGCCCCAUAGACGCCACUAGAUCUUCUGAGACAGAGCAAUUUAUGAGGCCAUUACAAAGAACACCAUAUGAAAAGAAUUCCAUUUCAAGCGGAAACUUAAGUGAGAGUUUCCCUCACAGAAACAUGCAUUCAGACAAGCACGAAGGAUAUCAUAAGGAAAGUGCAAGUGAUGGGAAAGAAAUCAACAAGGCGUCUGAUUCGCCGCCUUCUGAUAUUGUAAGGGAGUCGAGCAUGGAACCAAAGGAUGUUGAGCAUGAUGACAGGCUUACACUAGGUGACAGCCAUGAAGGUGAUGGAGGGGAAGCUUCGGAUUUUCGAGUAUCAAGUGAAACCGUAGGUGAUGAUGGCUUCAUCAGUCAUGCAAACAGGCAAAAGUUCACUUCAUGCAUUGAGCAAUCCGGUGUUCAGGAUAACGAUGUUGGCGAUGGUUCAAGGCUUACGCACAGUGAUAAUAGCCGAGCAAGGUCAGGAUCCAGUAGGGGUUACCAAAAGAUACAUGAAACUGGUGAAGAAGUUAUGCAAAUCCAUUCUUCAAAGCAUAUGGGAGAUUUGAUCAAGCAUCAUGAAGAAGAUGAUCGCAGACAGAGAGAUGAUUAUGGCAGGGAUAGUAGACGGGAUUCAGGGAGAAAUCGACUUAGAGGAAGGGAGACCGUGCAUGAAUCUUAUGCACAGAAAGACUGGGAUUCUGGCUCUGGUCACACUUUUCGAGGCAGAAGCGUGGAUUUUGAGAGGGAGAUGGAUGCAUCUGUUGGUGCUUGGCAUAGGAGAGAAGAUGACAUCCAUUAUAGACAGAUAAAGGAUGAAGAUAUUAGACGUGUUUAUAAUGAUGAUAUAAAACCCAGGGAAAGGAGCAAAGCUAGAAUGAUUGACAGGAAAGAAAAGAUUGAGGAUCAUGUGAAGAAACGAAUAGACGAAGGAGAUUGGAGAGGGCAUGGUAGGGAUGAAUGCCUUAGACAUAGGGAGAGGAAUGAUCUAUUGAUGAACCGGCGGGAUAACCAAGAAGAAGGUCAAAUGAAGCGAAAAAGAGAUGUUGAACUUCCCAGAAGGGAGAGAGCUGAAAAGGAAGAGUCUUUGCAUGGUUAUAGGGUGAGGGAGGUUUCCCACCGAAAGAAAAGGAUAAGGGAGGAUGUUGUUGAUCAUAGGAAGAGGGAGGAUGAUGUUAGAACAAAGAGCAAGAUUGAAGAACGCCAUUCUAGCAAGCAAAAAGAUGAAAAUUGGUAUCAAAGGGACAGAGAAGAUCGACAGCAACUCAAUCUAGUUCAUGAUGAUACACUUGUAAGAGAAGAAAGACGAUUCGCCUCCCGAAGCAGCCGGCCUAUGGAGAAGAUAUUUGCUGGAGCUGGAAGGAACAAAGAAGAUUUAAAAGUUGCAGGAUCUGAAAAAGGAUAUCAUGAUAAUGAUAGGAGGAGGCACAAUGAGCAGUCAAAGAGGGGUGAUCGGAAUGGUGAAGAAAAUGAGUCUGUAAGCAAAGUUCGUGGUGAUACUCAUGCUAGAGAAAAAAGAUUUAAUGGUGAGCAGAGAAACAUGAGGUAUGAAAGGUCGAGUGCUCAACCUGAUCGACCUUCAGGCACUUCUGAUGAACAUCAGCUGCAGAAGGAAAGGCAUCGUGAAAGUAACAAAAAAGUUGAGGAUUCUGAACCUGUUGGGCAAAAAGGAGCAUCUGGCAAGAGAAAGAGAGGAGGGCACAACACUCACCGCACUGAGCUCAAUUCUAAAGGUUCAAGCGAACAACAAAGUAACAAUCGUUCUGCCAUGGAAGGCAAGAAAACUCGUGCUAAAACUGAGCAAACGGAGGCCUCCCUGCCACUCGCUGCAAGACGUGGCGACGAAGAUCCCGCCUCGGAUGGUGAGAGCCAUGAUUCAAGGAGGGGUCGCUCGAAACUUGAGCGGUGGACCAGCCAUAAAGAGAGGGACUACAGCAUCAUAGAGUCCAACAUCCAGACCUCCUCUAUUGUGAGGGAGGUGGAAGACCCCCAAGAUACCCUCACCGAAUCGGUCAAAGACGAUCCUAAUAAGCCCGAUAACAUUGAAACAAAUGCCGACGAUCCGCUUCAAAUCACAGAUAAAGUAGGCGAAGAUAGAGAUCGUCACCUGGACACAGUCGCAAAACUAAAAAUGCGGAGCGAAAGAUUCAAGCUUCCCAUGCCUGGAGAGAAGGACAAGGAUCUGACGGCAAAUAAGAAGGUAGAGAGCGAAGCACCGACGCCAUGUAUCCAGAACGAACCUGUUUCCGCAGCUUCCGCCGACCUCGAUAUCAAGCACGAGCGCCCAGCUCGGAAAAGGAAGUGGACCAGUAGCUAAAUGGUUGAUGAGAUUAGAAAUUUUUUCAGAAGAAUUUCAUUCUGAAGCCAUUUUCUGGCAGCUGUGGAGACCAUGCUUGAUAAUUUAAAAAGCAUUGUAUACUGAAUUAUAUGAAAUUUCUGAUGAUGUUUCUGGGUGGUUCCUUUAGGGAAAAAGGGAUCUUUGUUACUUUUUGUACUGCACAGAAUAACAUUACAAGUGGUGUAGAAUUUACAGAGGUUUCCAUGAUUAAUGGGAAGCCUUUGCUUUGUUUGUUCUUGCA